AUGCCACAAUGGGGUGCGGGAAACUCAAGGGCUAUAGAAGCCAGACUAAGAAAAAAGAUUGAAAAAGACAGAAAACAGAAAGAGAUAGAAGAAAAAAAAUUAGAUGAAUUUUGGAAAGAUGAUGACAAAAAAGCGCAAGCGAAAAUUCAAAGAAAAGCUGAAGCUGAAAAUAAAAGGCAACAAAAGUUAGACAGAAAAAAAGAAUUGAGGGAAUUAUAUGGAGAGGAAGAGAAAUCGUUAAAGUCGAAUAAAGAGGGCAAAACAACAAAUGCAAAGGUGACACAGGCACAAAUAUUACAGAGGUUGAUUGAAGAGAAAAAGAAGGAAAUACAAAAUGAAAAAAAAAAGAAGGACAAUAUUAACGUGCACCAGAUGGAAUUAGAAGACAACAUUAAUCACAUCCAAAGGGAAGAAAUGAACUACUGUGAUGAGUAUAUAAAUGCUACUGGAAUUGAUGAUGUUAUAUCUGCUUUGGAUAAUGUGUCAUUCGAAAAAACUAAAAGUGUUAAAGCUGCUUAUAAAAUGUUUGAAGAGGAAAAUUUACCGCUUGUUAAAGAAGAGCAUAAAGGCUUGAAACUAUCGCAGUAUAAGCAAAUUCUAUGGAAACAGUUCAAAAAGUCGGCAGAUAACCCUAUGAACCAAAGAGAUUAA